ACACACACACACACACACACACAGGCGGUACCGGUACUGAUCCCGAUCCCGAUCCCGAUUCUCGACGCGCCCAGGGUUUCGCUUCGGGACUACGUUUCUUGGACUCGCUUGGGAAGAGAGGCCAAGACGCCCGUGUAUUUGUGCUCUUCAUUGCUCGAGGCACAAGCGACCACGUACGGGCCAUCGAGCGCGGAUCGCGUCGGACUUGAAAACCCAUCUCUGAGUGCGUGGAGUCUGGGUGGGAGAAGGAGCGGGGACAAGAGGGAAAAACAGAGAGGAAAGGGCGCUUGAAGAAAGAAGUGAGCGGAGGAGGAUUUGGUUGAUGUUGAGCUGCUGGGAUUCUCGAGUGACAAAGGCUGGAGUACGGGGACAGAGCCAGUGAUUCUCGAUCCACGAGCGGCCGAAAUCCGAAGCUGAAGCUGGCGCCGCAAUACAGCAGAUUCCCAUCCUCAAAAGUCCCUGGACCGCGUCGUCCCCAAACAUCCGCAGUCUUUUCGAGGCAGCUAGGGCUAGAUCACCACACACUCAGCGUCCAUGACUGAUUCAGCCCACGCAACACAACCGCAUCAAAUCCAGCCCACCACGGAGGAACAGCAGUUCAAGGCUCCCUCGCCUCCUCCAUCCCCAACCUUCCACCCCAGCCGCACCCUCCCCGACCGCUUCCCUUCCACCACCGCCUACGAAAUGUCCACCACCGCUACUAGGCAGACGCUCAACCCGAACUCUCUCGCAUGCCGCAGGCGCCGCGGCGGCUCUUUGAGCGCCCCCUUCGCCGGUCGUUUGGGCGGCAACCAAGAAUUCACCGUCGACCGCUCCGAUCCGCAGAAUGAGGAGUUGCUGAAAAAGGUCCCCGACGCGGCACCUAAUCUGAGCUUGCAGGAGAGUUUCGAUCUUCGAGGUUUCCGGGAGGCCGAGCUGUGGAAGGCAGCGCUGAUCGAGUUUGUUGGCACCUUGAUCUUCGUCUGGGCCUCAGCGUGGAACAGUCUCUCCCCAAACACCCCUCCACCGUUGCCCUCCGAGACAUCCGGCCCCUUCGGCCGUUCGUACUUCCUGGGUCCUCUCGUCGCCGCUCCAAUAAAUGCAAUCCUCCUUGCACUCCUAAUCUUCUCCUUCGGUGCCGUUUCCGGAGCUCAUAUGAAUCCCCUGAUCACGAUCGGGACAUUUUUUGCGAGGUUAACCACCUUUCCCCGUCUGGUGUUGUACCUGGCGGCGCAGAUCUCGGCUGGUGCGCUUGCCGGGCUGCUGUUAAGAGCGGCGGCAAAUACCAGAGAAUUCAAGGUCGGGGGAUGUUAUCUCUUCGAGGAUAUGGGGACUCCUGUAACGAGUGCGUUCACCGUCGAAGUAGUCGCUGACUUGCUGCUGCUUGUACUCGCAUUCGGAGUCGGUCUGGAUCCCCGUCAGCGCGAGAUUUUUGGCCCAGCCCUGGGACCAAUCUUUGUUGGGCUGGCCGUGGGAAGUAUGGCGCUGUGUACAGCAUUCACACUGCCCGCAUACGGCGGUGCUGGCAUGAAUCCAGCGAGGUGUUUCGGUGUGUUUGUGGGCAGCCGCUUCCCAGGCUGGCACUGGGUGCACUGGGUGGCGCCUCUUGUGGCCAGCAUUUUCCAUGGCAUGGUGUAUUUCCUGGUCCCGCCGGGUGAGCCCAAUAGGGCGAAUGCACACAAGAUCGGGAGAGUCACGCCAAAAACCGAGCCCCAGGAACAGGAGGAUGGAAAGGAGAGCGUGUAGAGUCUCAUGAUGGGCUUCUGCUUUCGCAGUUUUGAGAUAAUCGUAAUGGCAGACUGUCACUCGGCGACCAUGGGUGAUCGUGUCAAGCAC